AUGAGUGAAGCUGUAGGUGAUGCCUUGAAGCUUCGCCUUAAGCUCAAGCUGCCGCGCUCGAUACCCAGUUCAUCCGUUGCUGAGAAGAAGCUGCUGAUUGGCGCGCAUGGUGGCGUUGCCGUUAAGGAGCUAUUAAGUACAGCACCUAACAUUGAAGUAGCGAUUCGAGAGUUUCAGGCGGCCCAUGGCAUCUCAGAAGCGCAUGCACAGUUGUUUGUACGCAAGGAAGCGAGCAAGGAAAAAGAGAGACCAACAACGUUUACUCCUGCCGUAGAACUACUGGAUUUACUGCAAGUACCACGCUCUAGUGUAUAUCAGUCAGUGUUGGAUCAGAUGAAGAAGGAGAUGUUGCUGCGCAUUGCAGACUUGCCACAAAGUGAACUGCCUCGAGUAUUGGAGCAGACGUUUCCGUAUAUUGAAUUUCGAGAGCUACGAGCAAUUCCAAUUGCUGUAUUGGCUCGUCAGGAAGAGACUCCUGAACUAUACUUGCGUGAAUUGACCGAGAAUCGACGCAUUCUCGCGGAGCUACCUGUCCAUGUGAGGAGGAAGAUCUUGCAAGUGGAUAGAAGAGAGCUCGAUCUUUUAGUAGAGGAUUGCACGCGUGAGUAUGUGACGGAACAGUUGAAGUGGUAUCUUCACCAUCCGACGUCAGGACCAGUGACUGCACAGCGUUUGUUAGCAAAUCGAAACAACAACAAUUUUGUGCGAACUAGUAGUCAAAGCAGGAAACGCAGCUUAGAUGAAUCGGGAGGUGGGAGUCUUUGGAAUGUCUCAUGCCACGUACCGUCUUCCGCUGAUGCUACCGGCUCGUCGUCAACGGCGGCGUCUGGAUUUAGCAGUGGGCGACGUCCUUUGUACUCUCCCGAUGAGCGCCGACGGAAUAACCCGGCGUUGAUGAAGCUAGUAGAAAUGCUUGGCGACUCUGAGGCGCUAUACUUGUUUACGUUGGAGAUAUGGCGCGGUUACGUGGUGGCUGCGAACAUUCCUGGUAGCGCAACGAACAAUCACCCGAAAGAGUACGUGGAUUAUGUAUCGCUUCUUGGCGCUAUGCGGUGUGACCUUGCGAACCUUCAUCGUGACAAGACGACAGCACUUUUGCGAAUCGAUCCAUUGCAUAAGUUUAUUUGGUUUUUGGAUCGAGCGGUGAAGAACCAGACCCUUGAAAUUGCUCAACUCCAUGAACUGCUAGGAUUUAUUGGUCGGUUACGCACAUCGGACUUACCUGCGAACAAAAAGUUUCGAAAGAAAAGCGGUGCCGAUGAGGAAGAAGAGAGUUUUGAAGUUGUAUUGGGGCCACCUCCUGUGAAUGAACUACUUGCAGUGCUUGACAAGAUCACAAAAAUUGAUGCUCGUUUGAUUUUUGCGGAGCCAGUACCUGAUGAUGUGCCAAAAUAUCGAGAGAUUAUCAAGGAUCCCAUGGACUUGUUGACGAUGCGGAAAAAAGCCAAGCGCGGCAAGUAUAAGACGCUAGAGGCCUUUGUGUCGGAUUUCAACCUAAUGAUACGGAAUUGUAUGACUUUUAACCCGGACACGACCAUCUUUUACAAGGAAGGAAAGCGAAUCGGCAAGCGAGGCAACGAGAUAAUUGAGCGAAACGCAGCAGCUUUGCGUGGUGAGCCACAGCGGAUACGUACCAAGAAACGUCGUAAAACUGGCACCGGUCCAACAAGUGAGGCUCUUACCAUGCUCACCAGUUCAGGAAUCGUCACGAUUAAGGACUUUGGUGAUGUUGACCAAUCAGGAAUGAUUCCAGAAGGCUUGUGCGAUGAGCAAUUGGCGGAUGUGGCACUAGUUUUGUCCGAUCCGCUUGUGAAACAGCUUAUUUGUGAUGCUCUCAUGAAGAACUUGGCGGUGUGUUGGCAGAGAAAAGAGCUGCCUACAGACAAUUUGAUCUGCCGUGCACUCGUCCAGCUUCUUCAAAUCGGCAACCCGUCUAGCGUGCGCCGAAUGAUCCGAAAGCAGGACUUUGUGUUGCGUGCUCCACAAGUAGUCACAAUGCGCGUCGUACUUCCGCUUUUGUUGCGCACGAUGAUUAACUUUCGAGUCUACUAUGCGUUUCCGGUCGGACUACAGCCCCAUUUGGAGUCAACUGCUAAGGAUAGUGUUUUUAAUGCCGCGUUGUGGGAUAACGUGCUGCGCGCAAGCUCAGCAAUCCGUGCUAUGGCGAAGUCGUUUGCUGUACAAUGUCUGGUAGACCGUCAGAUUGAUGCGGCGUCGCAGUUGUUACAUCAUUUACUUUUAGCAGAGGAUGAAUCACUGUUGCGUGAUCGCGUCUUGCUUCAUGCCGUAACUGAAGUUGUGUUGGAGCAAGUGAAGUUGGCUGCUGUAAGUACAAGCAGCAGCACUAAUAGUAAUAUUGGGACAACAUCUGCUGAAUACGCCAAAGAGGAGACUGGGUUUCUUGUGCAUUAUAUUGAAAGAGCGGUUGAAAAAGUCGAGAAGGAGUACGAUACUACUGCCUCAGGCGAAACGUCAUCAAAAAAGCGCAAGCGUCAACGUGAUGUUCAAAGCUUUCCCACACCUGCAUUCCAUGAGAAAACAGUGAUGAUGCUGUCGUCUCUGUUUGCUAUGGUGGAGAAAGGAGGCUCUGCGGCUGGUGGUGACGCAAUGAUUGCUUCGUAUCUUAAGAAGACCUUGGGCGUAUUGCGCAGAAGCUGCUUAAGUUUGGAAGAAUUUGAAGCAUUGUGGAGUAGUCCUGCCUUUGCUGGAUGUCGAUACUUUUACGAGCCGAUGUUGACCAAAGUGCCUUUUGUUCGAGAGGAGUUAUUUGCUACUUUAUCAUCAGAUGUCAAGAUUCAAGCUGACGAUGUGUUUAAGAGAAAUGUCGAUUCUACCAGCGUUGAUUUUGCAACGCAUGGUGGUGCAAACGAAAACAUAGAAGGUGCUGCUGAUACGGGAGGGGACGCAACAAUUGAGGUAAAAGAUGUGAACAUUGAAGCCAAGACUGAUGAUAGCAGUGGAUUUGUCGCCAAAGCAGAUGCUGAGCUGGGUGUAGAAAGAGAGAAGGCUAUUAUCGCUGACAAUGCUACCUCAUCCAUUGAAGGUGAUGCGCUAAAUGCAGAAAUUAAGGUUGAAGAUACAAGUUCUGAUGCCACAAUAAAAAUGACCACGGACAUGAGCACAAAACCCGAUAACACAGACAAUGACACUUGGAACUUGGCUACUGCUUCUUGUAGCACUGCCAAUACGUUAAAUGCUGAAAAUCCUGAGACCGAUGCAGAAUCUGUAAAUUGCAGCGGCAACGACAUGGAUGUGAAGAUGGAGGAAGUUGACGAGGUUUGUGAGCUGAAAGACAGCGCUGGGGUUGCUGACCCAGCAUCCAAUUCUCGUAUUUCUGCUGACGCUCCGAUCGUUAUAACAGCAACGGCCGAAACCAGUAAUGAGUCUCCUGUUCCAGCUACACUGCAAAGCGGCGAAGACGUAGAUGUAGAUGGUGAGGAGGGGAGCAUUGUGGAUAUUAGUGACACACAAAAAGGAGUGAUUGUAGAAUCUACUACAGAGGAGCAAAGGGGAGGGGAAGAGGAGACACGAGUGAUUGUAGAAGAGGAAAAGGCGGCAGCUGAGACGUAA